UCCUCCUCCUUCUUCAACCAGCAAAACGAGAUCGCCUCACCAGAAUCCCUCUCUCUCUCUCUCUCUGCGUGUUGAAGAUCAAAGGAUGGAAAUGCGAAUUCGCAGCGCUCUUCUGCUCCUGUCAAUCUCUUCCUCCCUCCUCCUCAUCGCAAAGGCUGAAUCCGGCGGUUCCGUUUUCUUCGUGGAUAGCUCGAGUCGCCAGUAUCUUCGCCAUCGAUCCCCUGACGAUGCUUCUGAGUUCGAAUCAGUGUCGCCAUCUGAAGUUGGUGCUGCAGUGUCAGUACUACUUGGCUUGGCACCCCCUGUUUCGCUUUCAGCUACUGGUUCUUCCAAGUUGAAUGAGGUUCUCAUGCCGAAUCCGUUCGAUAGACCUCGUGCUGCUUUCGUCUUGGAGGUGACAGGAGUUGAAGAUCUUCUUCCCUUGUUCAAAUCCAAUCUAUUUACAAAUGCCUUCACGGACAAGGUUAUUUCCGGGUCAGAUAAAGCUGAAAUUCGACUCCCAGAGGAAGAAGCAUUGUUAGUUUCCCUUGACGAGUCCUCAGCAUCUGAUUUUGCAUCUCUCAGCGAUGAUGAAAUUGGCAAAUUUGCAUCCUGGAUGGGUGGAUCUUAUGUCACCGAUAUGUCAGAAUCGUUAAAAGGGGAGUUGACUUUCCCUCUAGGAAACGGCGCGAAGAUGAGUCUUCAUAUGUCAAAGGAAGCACAUAGGAAAUACAUAGCUAGUCUUAUGUCUCUUGUUCAUGGUGUAAGAAGGGCCAUUGAUAUGCAUGAAGAUUUUUCACAAGGCACAAGAAGACCUGCCGAGUUGAUCAAAGGCUGUUUCGACGGUAUUAAGGUCUUAAAAGAGGAGCAUGAAACUGAAGGUGUUGCUGAACAAGGAUUACUUGUAUUGCUUGCUACCUUGUCCAAGUCAUAUAAUCUUUUGCAGGAAGCAUACAAAGGUCAAAUUGUUGGAGUAAUACUUUUGGGCAAUGCGGCCUCUUCCCAGUCAGAUUCUUUGGUAGAUGUGACUUUUACUUCUCGGUCAUCAGUGCGAUGGUUGGCAGAAACUGAAGCCUUGGCAAAUGCAACUGAAGCUGGAGUGGUGUUAGUUAGACUGACUCUUGCCUGGGUGACUGGGCUUAUUCUUCUUAUUUCCACUCUCUUGGGGAUCUAUCUCCUUCUGAACAUGCCUCUAACAAGGGACACCCUCCUGUAUUCGAAUGUCAAGCUUGACUAAGCAAAUGAGCAGUAGAGACAGUCAUGGAUAUUUCCGACUUGGAGAAGAUUAGCUUAUUAAAUCUGCCAAGGACAGGCCUGUUUAUGUGGGCCAUGCAAUCUCGGUCCGAUCAUGUUGUAUUGGGAACCCCUUUCUCAUCGUAGUCGUUAAUAUCCCAUAUUGAAGGGGGUUCCUUAUUUCUCCUAGUCCUGAGUGGACAUUCUGUAGCUAAUGGGGCUUUUCUUUUUGGACCCAGAAGGUUUAGGGAUUACCUUAAAGUCAUGAGAAAAGCAAUUAUUGUUCAUGUGUUCGUUGUCUGUGUUGUAUAUGAUCGUCGUUUGACAUUGCGUGCUCUUCAAUACCCAUUAUGUGAAUUUGAUGCUGACUGAAGUAAUCUGGGCUUGGCCGUUCUGUAA